AGAUACAGAGAGACUAGAGAAAGAGGGAGACUGAUUGCGCGCGCGCCUCCCUGCGCGGCUGAUCGCGUAUCAGCCGUCCCGACGUUUGGUAGGGUAGCAAUCCAAAUUGGCCCACUGUCUCCUUUCCCCCUUCGGAUCAAGGCUGACGGCGCCCCGGUCCAAGUUGCGCAGUGCGACGUGGGUCGGUGGGUGCGUGUGGCCCCGCUUGCAGCGUGCCGGCCCCCGGUCCUGCCUGUCUCGCCCGUUCCCCCUGCGCCGCCCCUCGCCGGCCCGCGCACGCGCCCAAGACGCACUUGGUGGUCCGCGUCGCGCUCGUCUCUCGCGUGCGCUGCGUCUCCCCUCCUACCCCUGAUUCGCACGGAAUUCCUCGAAUCGCCCGUGAGAUCCGCUUGAUUCGAUCUCCGAUUCAGGCCCCGGGGUCUAGGGUUUUCGCCGCCGUUCGAGCGGAGCAGAGCGGGGCGUGGGAGAUGGCGGGGAAGGGAGCCAAGGCGACGGCGGCCAAGUCGGCGGAGAAGGAAAAGGGGAAGAAGGCCCCCGUAUCCCGCUCAUCCCGCGCCGGGUCCCAGGAGAAGCCAGCUCCAAACAAGGAUGUUUACCAACUAUUUGCUGAGAAGGUUAGGGAUAACAAGCAGCUGGAAUCAAGAUGGGCAAUUAUGCAAGAAACUCGUGUUGAGUAUUUCCGUGGAAAAGAUUUUACUACCUUCAUGAGGAAUCAUCCAGAAGUUAGGGAAAUUUUAGGGCCAGAUAAAGAUUUAGAAGUGGAAGACAUUGUUAACACUCUGCUGAGCAAGAACCUUGUGAUAAGGUGUGACCGAGUUUGGAAAACUGUCAGACCAGGAAAGAAGAAAUUGUCAUCGUGGCCUGCACAUUUGGAGAUACAUCGUGAACAAGUGUUCACUGAGAAUGAUGGAUUUUUUGCUUGGAUGUUUCUCAAAAGGAGGACCUUGUGGCAAACGAUUCUUUCAUUUGUUUGGCCUCUCUUUGCUUUGGCAGUUUGCUUAUUUCCAGUUUACCCAUACCAAUGCAAGAUUGUGGUCUUGUACUCAUGUGCUGGAGCUUUAUUGUUCAUUGUCUCUAUUCUUUUGUUAAGAGCUGCUAUCUUUGGCAUACUAUGGGUACUCCUUGGGAAACGUGUGUGGUUCUUUCCAAAUAUAAAUGCCGAAGAGACAACAUUUAGAGAACUUGUUCGGUUUUGGCCCGAGAAGGAUGAGGGAGAGCGACCAAAGUGGACAUCAAGACUCUUCUAUGCCACUGUUGCUGUAUUGGUGAUAUUACUGCUCAGGCACCAUGCUCCAGAUGAAGCAGCUAGGGCAAGGUACCAGAAGAAGGUUUCGAACAUAAUUGAUGAUGUUCUUGAGUGGUCUCCAAAGUUAGCUUUGUCUGGGAUGAUGGAAAAACAUACUGGGACUAAUGCAUCAGAAACUAGCAAUCACACCAGUGGAACUGGGAGUAGUCCUGUCCCUCCCACUAAUGAAGGGAAUACCGCAAAAGCAGACCCAGAUAUGGAUCGUCAGACGAACUCAGAUAAAGUCCAAGAUGGUGAUGAGUAUGGUGAUGACAUGAGAACAAGAUUUAGUGAAGUUUAGAAUCGACUUAUAAACUCUAAAGCUCUGGUAAUUUGGAGUACUUACCCUCGGGGAUUUAUCUGCAGAAUCAUAUAGAUAGGUUACUGACAAGUUCAAAUUCAGGGUGCUCAUGUUUUGACCAUGUUUCAUUCACAUAUUGCCAGCAAUGGCUGUAUUACGAGGUUCUCAAAGCAUAUUUUCGCAUGGCUAUGAUGUAAACGUGCCUCGAGUUUGCCCGAGUUGAGAGGUUGAGAAUGCAAUGUGUCCGUGUCCGUGCGUGUGAGCCGUGUGCCACCGACACGUCCUGUGGCAGUGAGCCAAUA